GGGGAUUUAUUCAACCAGAUGAUUAUUAAUGCCUCAGUAUCGGAACACCAGUGUGCGGAGUAAGCUUAAACUUAAUCGUGUUACAAAAUGAGCAGAAUGUGGAUUAUCAACAAUUUCCACUUAUUACUAUUAAUGUUGAUGUUUGUGGAAUUAUUAUCUGCACCAAUUAAUGGCACCACAGAUGACAAUACUGUCGAGGUUUGUUCCUUAUCUGAUAGUUUGAUCAAGGAAAUUGAUUCCUAUGAAGAAAUUGUCAACAGAAUUGUCAACACAGCUACCAGUGGACCAUUUAAAGGAUUUACUUGGAACGAACUAAGCAAAUUUGUAGACAAAUUUGGAAGCAGGUUUGAAGGAACACAAAAUCUGGAAAAUUCGAUUGACUACAUGCUUCAAAAUUCGAUAAAUCAUAGUUUGGAGAACGUUCAUGGAGAACCUGCUAUAGUUCCCCACUGGGUCAGAGGAUCUGAAUCAGCGUCUCUUAUUUUACCACGUCAGAAGGAUAUUGCACUCUCAGGACUAGGAUAUAGUGUUGGAACUCCUAAAGAAGGAAUUACAGCGGAAGCUAUUGUCGUGAAAAAUUUUGACGAAUUGAAACGACGAUCAAAAGAGAUUCGAGGAAAGAUUGUUGUUUUCAAUCAGGACUUUGAAUCCUACGGAAAAACAGUGGCAUAUAGAUCUCGUGGAGCUAGUGAAGCUGCAAAACUAGGGGCAGUCGCUGCCCUGAUUCGUUCAGUAACACCAGUUUCAUUGUAUACUCCUCACACAGGUAUGAUGUCUUAUGCAGAAGAUGUUACAAAAAUCCCAGGAGCUUGUAUAACAAUUGAGGAUGCUGAACUUUUAUACAGAUUACAACAAGAAGGUGAACCACUGCAAAUAAAUCUCAAAAUGGAAGCUCAAAUGCUUCCUGAAGUUCAGUCACGAAACCUCGUAGCAGAAUUAGCUGGUGACAGACAACCUGGAAAGAUAGUCAUCGUUUCUGGUCAUGUUGAUAGUUGGGACGUUGGUCAAGGAGCCAUGGAUGAUGGCGGGGGAGCUUUUAUUUCCUGGAGUUCUUUAGUUCUUCUGAAACAAUUAGAUUUGCGACCUAAGAGAACGAUAAGAGCAAUAAUGUGGACUGCUGAGGAGAUGGGCAUAAUUGGAGCAAAUCAAUAUAUUCAAAGUCAUGAAGCAGAAAAAAGGAAUCUGCAAUUCCUCCUGGAAUCUGAUAUUGGAACAUUUAAGCCUCUUGGAUUGGAAGUUUCUGGAAAUGAUCAAGUUCAGUGUAUUGUUCAGAGAGUUUUAAGUUUGCUGAAACCAUUGGGAAAUUUAAAGGUAAAAAAAGGUAUGGAGGGUCCUGAUAUUCAAGACUGGCUACAAAUGGGGGUACCAGGUGCCUCAUUGUGGAAUCGAAAUGAUAAAUAUUUUUGGUACCAUCAUACAAAUGCGGACACAAUGGUAGUAGAAGACCCAUCUUCCUUGGAUUCUGGAACCGCACUUUUUGCUGCAGUUUCAUAUGUAUUGGCUGAUAUAAGUAUUGAUUUGCCUCAUGGUAAAUCAUUGUAAUUAAUCAGUAUUAUAAAAUGAGAAAUUUUUUUUUCUAAAAACCACAAUCAGAUUACAAAACGCUGACCUAAUUAUAAAUGUUAAAUCUAUUCUCUUAAUAAAGA